AUGCCUGAUGAAGUAAAACCAUUGCCACCAAAACCCAAAAAGGGGUUCUCAAAUCCUGCACUUCGGAUGAUAGGAAUACCGAGAAUCUCACUUCCAUCAAGAAACUGGAUGAUAUUCUGGUCUGUUUUGGUAGGCAUUGGAUCAUCAAUAGCUUACGAUAAAUAUGAACAAAAACAAAUAAGAAAAAAAUGGAUGGCAGAAGUAGCAAAUCUAGGGUUAGAGAUAUAUUCGAAUGACAAAAUUCCAAGAAAAUUGACGAUAUAUAUUGCACCACCUCCAAAUGAUUUUUUGGAAGAAAGUUUGAAAAUUUUUAGAAAAUUCAUUAAACCGGUUUUAAAUUCUGGGACAGUUGAUUAUGAAAUUUUUACUGAAAGUAGACAAGGAGAUAUUAGAUCUAAUGUAGCACAAAGAAUAAGAGAUUUGAGGAUCAAAGAGUUGGAGAAAACAAAAACAGAAGAAACAUCAAAAACAGAGGAACCAGAGUAUGUCAGUCGAUCUAAAUUAUAUUCACCAACUGACUUAUUAGGUCUUUACAAAGUUAUACCCAAGGAAAUAAAAAUCAAGUCUGAUGACUCAAAUGAGGAUAUAGCAGGUGGUGUUAUAUGUAUAGGAAGAGGAGCUUAUAAAGAGUAUUUAAGUGGAUUGCAUGAAGGAUUAUUAGGUCCAUUACAAAAACCUAAAGAAGUUGAAGAAGAGGAGAAGAAACGAGAGGAACAAAAAAUUAAAGAUAAAGAAGAGAAUCCAAAUAUUGAAGAUGAAGAUGAAGAAUUCAAUUUGAAGCCAGUGCCGUUAAAAUAUAUAAGUACAAAAGAUUAUGAAUUAGCUCCUUUAGCACCUGAAUUUAACAUGGAUGUUAUUCAAAAAGACGAAACAGGAGUUCCAUAUUUUUUUGAACAACCAGUCUAUGCAUAUCCAAUACCGGCAAUCCAAGGUUUUAAAAAUAUUCCACGUAAAAUAUAUCGUUAUUUUACAAAAAGAUUCUUAGCAGAAGAUUAUAGUGAGAGAACAAACCAUAUUGUAAAUAAAGAAACUAGACCAUUUGUAUAUAAAGACGUUUUAAUGGCAAAAGAGGAAGAAUUAGACUGGCCAAAGAAUUGGGUGAAAAAAGGCACUGAGAGAGGAUCAGAAUGGGUUCAAGAAUUAGGUUAUGAUGAUAGAGUGAUAUCUAGGUUGAAAGUUUUUGAUGAUAAAAAAUAA